AUGUUUGCUCGAUCUGUGUCCAUUUCUCUUCAUCAGGCCUUCAUUAACGUUGGACGUCCGUUCCGCCUCUUUAUUCGUCCAAGUUUCGCAAAGAAAAAGACUUGUUCAAAUUGCAUUACAUACGCGACGUUUUUUUUUUUCUCUCUCGUAAUUGUAUCUUGUUUUAUUGAUAUCUAUCUAUCUAUCUAUCUAUCUAUCUAUCUAUCUAUCUAUCGUUUAAUUCUAUCCUCCCAUUUCUUCUAUCUAUUAUCUAUCUAUCUAUCUAUCUAUCUAUCUAUCUAUCUAUCUAUCAACAGUUUCACAUCUUUCUAUCUAUCAACCCCGUUUUAUUGCAAUCUAUCACCCCAUUCAUAUCUAUCCAUCUCUUUGCUUCAUAUCUAUCAGUCUUUUAAAUGCCACAACCGUUUUAUUGCUAUCUAUCCAUCUAUCUAUUUAUUGUUUAAAUCUAUCUAUCUAUCUAUCUAUCUAUCUCACACUGCUUAA